AAGAAAAAAAAAAAAAUCGGGAUCCAGAUGUGUCCGUGGUCCCGCUUAAAAUGGUACUGAACUAUUAACUUCAUAGCUCUCGGUUCUGUUUUGUGCUUUUCUGUGCUGAACGAACAGCGAGAAGGUUGUGUUAUAUUAAAAAAAAAAAUACAUGUGGAUGGUCAGUUCUGAGUAGCCAUGGCAUGGAUCUGCAAACUUUCCCCCCCGUGGACAGUGAGAGUGAGUGAGGUCCAGUCCAGAGCUCACCUGCGGCAUUAAGAACCCCAAACGGGGCGUUGGAUCGGCGAGAGUCGGGGAAUAAGAGGCCUGUCUGUCUCAGCCAGGAUGAAAAAAGGCAAAUAAUCCAAUCACCGGGUUUGCAUAUCGCCAAAAAGGAAUGCCAAAGUCUCCGGGCUCCUCAUAUCCGUCAUAAAUCAGUGUGAAGUUGGUGGGAUUUGGACAGUGUGUUUUCAGGAAAACCAAGUUAUAAAAGCCUGCAAAGGCCUCGUUCACUGGGUGUUCCAUUGUCCUGUCAGCCCCUUUGACGAUGGACUGAGUUUGACGGCACCUUCUCAAGUUGCCUGCAAGAACAGCUAUGGCAGCCCCCCUGCUGCCCCUCAGUGCAGCUGACCCUGCCCCCCCAGGCUCCACCCUCCUGGGCUCCCAGGUGCAUGCGGCAGCAGUGAACGGAGACAGGAGCGCCCUUCACCGGCUGAUCACAGCAGACCCCAGCCUUCGGGACAAGGAGGACCAGUUCGGCCGCACACCCCUCAUGUACUGCGUGCUGGCGGACCGUCUAGACUGUGCCGUGAUCCUGCUGAAGGCCGGCGCCUCCGUCAACAAGGCGGACCGCAGCAAGCGCACCGCCCUUCACCUGGCCGCACAGAAGGGCAACGUGCGCUUCCUGAAGUUGCUUCUGUCGCGGAGGGCCGACUGGCUGCAGAAGGACCUGGAAGAGAUGACCCCACUGCACCUGGCCACACGCCAUCGCAGCCCCAAGUGUCUGGCCCUGCUGCUCAAACACAUGGCGCCGGGGGAGGUUGACACACAGGACAAGAACAAGCAGACAGCCUUACACUGGAGUGCUUUCUACAACCACCCCGAACACGUGAAGCUGCUCAUCAAGCAUGACUCCAACAUCGGCAUCCCUGACAUCGAGGGCAAGAUUCCACUGCACUGGGCCACCCACAACAAGGACCCCAAUGCCACGCAAACCGUUCGCUGCAUCCUGGAGGCUGCCCCCACAGAGAGCCUGCUCAACUGGCAGGACUACGAAGGCCGCACACCAUUGCACUUUGCCGUCGCUGAUGGCAACGAGGCCGUGGUGGAGGUGCUGACUUCGUACGAGGGCUGCAGCGUUACGGCCUAUGACAACCUCUUCAGGACCCCACUGCACUGGGCAGCACUGCUGGGCCAUGCCAAGAUUGUGCACCUGCUCCUGGAGAGGAACAAGUCGGGCACCAUUCCGUCAGACAGCCAGGGUGCGACACCGCUGCACUAUGGUGCACAGAGCAACUUCGCCGAUACCGUGUCCGUAUUCCUGCGACACCCGUCUGUCAGGGACGACCCCGACCUCGAGGGGCGCACCGCCUUCAUGUGGGCCGCUGGGAAGGGCAGCGACGACGUCAUGAGCACCAUGCUGAACCUCAAGAAGGACAUCGACAUCAACAUGGCCGACAAAUACGGGGGCACUGCCCUGCAUGCCGCCGCUCUCUCGGGCCACGUGAGCACUGUCCGGCUGCUGCUGGAGCGUGGGGCCAUGGUGGAUGCACUGGACGUCAUGAAGCACACGCCGCUGUUCCGCGCCUGCGAAAUGGGCCAUCGCGAUGUCAUCCUCACCCUCAUUAAAGGCGGGGCCCGUGUGGACCUGGUGGACCUGGACGGACACACGGCGCUGCACUGGGCAGCCCUGGGCGGCAACGCGGAGGUGUGUCAGAUCCUCAUGGAGAACGGGAUCUCCCCCAACGUUCAGGACCAGGCGGGUCGAACACCACUGCAGUGCGCAGCCUAUGGCGGAUACAUCAGCUGUAUGGCAGUCCUCAUGGAGAACCGAGCUGACCCCAACAUCCAGGACAAAGAGGGCAGGACGGCCCUCCACUGGUCCUGCAACAACGGCUACCUGGACGCCGUGAAGCUGCUUCUCGGAUACAACGCCUUCCCCAACCACAUGGAGCACAACGAGGAGAGGUACACACCCUUGGACUACGCCCUGCUUGGGGAGCACCAGGAGGUGACGCAGUUCAUGCUGGAACAUGGCGCCCUGUCCAUUGCUGCCAUCCAGGACAUCGCCGCCUCCACCAUCCAGGCCGUGUACAAGGGCUACAAGGUGCGCAAGGCGUUCCGCGAGCGCAAGAACCUGCUCAUGAGACACGAGCAGCUGCGACGGGACGCUGCCAAGAAACGGGAGGAGGAGCAGCAGCGGAAGCGGGAGGCAGAGCUACAGGGGUCAGCGAUCAGGGCGCAACAGGGCAUCGCGGCGCUGUCCGUGUCGGAGCCCGAGGGACGGGUGCAGGGUGGGGGCCCCGGGGGUCCUAUUUCCAGCAAAGCAUCCCGAGCCGAACGGGUCCAGAGCCGCACCUCCAAGGGGAGACCGGGGGAGCGGCGGCGGAGCAGGGAGCGGAGGAGCAGGGUCUCUAAGAGCGAGCAGUGCGAUAACCAGUCCAGUGUGGCCACACCUCCUGCCACAGUAACCAGCCCUGAGUCAAAGCCUUCGGCGCCCCUUGGGGAGAGCCCCCGGGGUCCCAAUCAUCGAAAGACCACCGGGCCGGGUGUGAAGGGGCCUGACGGUGCACGACCAUCUCCUGCGGGAUCCAGCAGACCAGGUAGCGCUCAGGUGCCGUGCCCCCGAGGAACGCCGCAGGCCACCCAUGGCCCCGUACAACCAUCACGGGGGAAGGCCCCUCGCUCUGCCCACUGUGUUAACCCCACCCCCUGCAUCACACACCUGACCCCCACGGGCUCCUCCCCGGGACCCAGCAGCAGCAUGGAGCACGAGCCUCAGGUCAUCAGGCCACAGGUGCUGGAGAGGGAGUCAUUUCAGAGGAAGAACCAGGCGGCCCGGACCAUCCAGAGGGCCUGGAGGAGGGUCCACAUGUGGCGCAGGCUGAAGGGGGCGCUCUCCGGGAUGGAGCAGGGGGAGGGGUCGGCCGACACCACCACUUCCCUCCUUGUCCAGCUGCUGUGGGACCGCCCUGCAGGGCUCUUUCCCUCCCAGAAGAAUGCCCCGCCCCUGGCUGAGCAUCGAGUUCCGCUCUCAAAGGCUGCCGGCAAGAGAAACACGGUUCUCCAGAACAUCUACGGGCCCACUCAGGCCAGGAGGGGGCGCCCUGUCCGGAGCGCCGCGCUCACCUCCCGCAGCCACUCGCAGAUCCUGCUGGACCUGUCCCUGAGAACCAACACGCCUCUGGGCAGCGUCGAGUGUGUUCACCUGCUGGAUGCGGUGGGUCAGGCCCACCACUAUUCUUACCACAUGAGACCCCAGAGCGCCACCCGGGGGCCAAAGAACCGCCCAAAACACUGAGGCCGUCUGGACCCUCCAGUCGUGUGACGCGGUCGAGCUCCUCUACAGCCACCCUAAAUGCCCCGUGUCUGGGAGGAAGGGGGGGUUGAGACAUGUUCCCCUACGCGACCACACCGCUGGGUGUCCCUGGGACAGAGGACGGCCGAGUACAGAGGGAGCUGACCGAAAGGAUGGACUCCAACCUGUCCAGCGCGGGACCGCAGGUGUCAGUACCAUGGCAGAGGGAGUGAGUAAGAAGAGCGGUCAAACAGUGCAGCCUCAGGAAAGGCCCAGUUCCCAUCUCUUAGCAAUGGAUUAUCAACCGCGCAAAGCUUUCUUUCCACAUUGUAAGAAUGAAACUUGUUUAAACAUUGAACAUUUUUCUACAUACGUAGAAAAGAUUUAUAAUUUAACAUAUGACACGCGGCUCUGUCCCGUCACAUACAUGUGUUUUCUCGGAACCUAAAAGCAACUCGUUUCGGCGCACAGCUGGCCGAACUCCAGCAGGGGGCUGCGAACACGGCGCCUCUUGUGGGAUGUGACCUUUUUUUUUUCCCCACGCGGGAGGAACGCAGUCGUCUCUCAGCGCCAGGCCAUACGGCACUCCCACCUGCAGCCUCCGGGGCGAGGGGGUUGGGCUGGGCCAUAGUGGUGCUGGUCCCCCCCCUUCACCUUAAGUGACAUCUUCCACAAAAAAAAGCAGCAGAGGUAUUUAUUCAUGGUACAUCUCACAUUUACCUCGAUCGGCCCAGGCACUAGUGUGUAGUGUCCAUGGAUUCUAUGCGAUAUUAAGUAUUAUUAUCAUGAACCAUUAUUAUGUCAGCGUUCAGAGACAGGGUGGAAAAUUUUGAAUUCUAUCUGCUGUAAUGGUUCAUACGUUUUUUGUAAUCGUGAACAAAUACCUCAGUUUUUUUUUUUUUUUUUA